AUGAAAGUGUCUAUCUCUGCUUUCUUGAGUGCCUUUGUCUGGUCGGCUUAUAUGAUUGCUUAUUGUAGGAUGAACAAUUGUACAGACGCACGUAAUAACUAUGUUGGAGACUAUAAAUGUGAGAUAAUUGAGUUGUUUUGGGAUAUUAGUAAGUACUUCAAAAGUGACAAUGUGAAUGCGUUGAAUGAGGAUAAGGAUGAAGAAGUAAGUCAACCUACUGAUGUUAAUGAAGUAGAUGAUAAUGAAGAAGAAUUGUUUAAAACACCAAUAAAUGUGACAAAAGUUGGCCAACUAGGUAAUGAUGGGUUCAAAGAUUGGCAUAAUUUGCAUCGGUCUAUUAAAAGUCAUGAAGGGAAUGAGGAGCAUUUACGUUGCAUGACUAGUUGGAUUGAAUUGGAAAAUAGACUUGCGAAAAACACAUUGCCAUUUCGAGGAGAUGAUGAGAGACUACAUGUUGAGAAUAAUGGCCUAUUUUUACAAAUGGUCGAAAUGGUUAGUGAAUUUGAUCCAGUAAUGCAAGAGCACUUUCGGCGGGCUAAAGCAAGAGAGAUUCAAUAUACGUAUCUUGGCAAAAAAAUUCAAAAUGAGUUGAUACAGUUGUUGGCUAAUCAGGUGAGAAGUUCAAUUGUCAAGAAAGUUAAAGAUGUAAAAUAUUUCGUAGUUAUACUUGAUUGUACUCCAGAUGCAAGUCAGGAGGAGCAAAUGUCUUCAAUUGUACGAUUUGUAGAUAAUUCGUCAAACUUACCUACAGUUCAAGAACAUUGGCUAGAAUUUUUGAAGGUAGAUGACACAACAGGACUUGGACUUGCAACCGAGCUUCAAAAGGCUUUGAUAAAAAUUGAUCUCGAUAUUGAUGAUAUUAGAGGGCAAGGGUAUGACAAUGGAUCUAACAUGAGCGGGAAGCACAAAAGUGUGUAA